AUGGAGUCACCAACUCGUGCUAAAACUCGUACGCGAUCACAAAUACUCGGUGAGCUGCUGAGAGUGAAGAAGGAGAUGGAACGGGGACCCUCUAUUGUCGGCAAACAACCAACACUCAAGGCCUACACCCCUGAUACAUCGAAUGAUUUAGCAUCGUACUACAACAAGUACAUCGUCGACUACAUGAUAUCUGAUCAGAACCCGAAGUAACCUGGAGAAUGGACAAUUUUCCAGGUCCGGUCUAUGACUCCGUCGUCCCGCGAGGAUACUACAAAGAAGGCUUGUGGAGUAAAAACCUAUCGGGACUGGAUCCCAAUCAAGGUAGUACAAGGUUACCACCUAUACCAAAGGUCAAGUUCCCUAAGCUGAACAAUGACAACUAUCGACACUUCAAAAUGAACUACGACCAUGUGAAACCAUUCAGGGCGGAAGUCAAAAAUGUCCAGGACAGUAAGUACAAACGCAGAAUGCAAGAUGACUACAAGAGAACAGUCAACGACUGGAACAGAAUGAACCUGGCUGAAAUCUACCAACUUCCUCCACAAUCUUCGUACAACGUCAAGAAAGCCAUCCAGACAUACCUAGGGGCCUCUAAAGGGUGCCACAAGGCUCUGAACCCUUUGUUGAAGGACAUGACCCCAAGGGGAUCUAUAUGUUCAUCUAAGAAUAAUUAGAUGARAAUCAUUAGCCUAGAAUUGCUUCGUAGAAGUAGGAAGAGUUAAACAGAGAGUUCCACCGUCUGCUGCAACUAGUUGUAAUAAGCCAAUGCUGAGGUACGAAUUUAUUUUAGGGAAUCCGAAGUUGUGACAGUCUCCUUACACAAACAGUUCUGUUCAUUGGAGAUUUCAUCCAAAACAUUGUCAGUAAAGUCAACUCAUCCACAGAGAAGACAGUCUGCGAAGCCCCUAACAGUGAAGUUAUUUACAUAUAGUUAAUGCUGCUGUCAAUUUCCUAAGAUUGGUAAUGUUAGUAGGGAGGGCUGCAAACAAGACUUAGACAAGGCCAAUACAAGGGAUUUAACUGUAAAGUAUUAUUUUGAAAUCAAGGUAGAUGAAAGGUAACUCAUCUUUAGAUGUAUAUUUUCAUAAUUGAGUUAAUAGUAUAAUAAUUUUUAGCCUCGAGCAUGCCGUAGAGAACUUGUCAGUAUCUUAUAGAGAUUGAAAUCGGAGUAGACACAGUAUAUAACUAGUACACUUUCAAGAUAUAUUUUAGUUUCAUUCUGGUCCAGGUUSUACGAAGGGUGGAUAGUGCUAUCCUUAUCCAGUUGAUGAAUUGAUGCUGUUAUCCAAUAAAUUUAUCCACUGGAGAGGAUUUAUCCGUCCAAUAGCACUUUCCACCCUUCGAACAACCUGGCCCUGAUGCUAGAUCAAGCCAUAGGUAUUUAAUUUGAAUUUAAUUUAGAUUAUCUAAUGUAGAAAAUUCUGAAACUUGAAUUGUGUGAGAUCAAAUAAAUGAUUAUCAAAGAGGAUGGACCUA